AUGCCCCACUCAGCCCUUUCCCCUCCCGUGGGUGGAGGCGAACAGAGCGCGGCGUGGCUUCGGGGAGCGGAUCGAGCGGGCUGGACAGCGGCUGCGGGCACGGGCUACGGCAGGGCUUUCGGUGCGGCAGAGAGUGCAAGGAUCCCCGGGUCCCAGAGCACUAGCCCCGGCCCCGCCACGCCCCCUCCCGCCCCUCGCCGGGAGGGGAGGGCUAGGACAAGAGGCCAGGGUGAUGCGGAAAGGAGUCGAGGAGGAGGUGGAGUGGGGGUGAGGGGCGGGAGCAUGUGUGGGAGGGGGAGGCAGCGCCCCCGCGGGACGCGCACUGGGUUGCUCUGGGCUGCGCGUGGCUCGGGGUUGCUGGACACUGAAGCUGGGAAAACGGGAGAAAGGGGCGGAGGGAGAGCGGAGACCCGGCGAGAGGAUGUAGAGUCAGCUGCGGGAUUGGGGAAGAAGAUGAGGAAAGGGUAG